AUGACUUGGUUAACAAACUUGUUCUCGGGAAAGGAUUCGACCAAAGCAGAACAAAAAGCAAAAAAGCGGGAGAGCCAAAGCCACAGUCAAAGGGUUCGUGCGCGGGAGAAGGAGCUCCGACGUGGAAAGGAGAAGGAUGGUAAAAGAGCGAGCUUUUUCUGGGGAUCACCGGGUCAGACAUACGAGAACAAUGUUCGUGGGCCAGGGGAAGGAGUUUGA